AUGGCGGCCCAGGGCGCCUCCGGCGCCUCCGUGCCCGGCCCGGGCGGCGCGGCGGCCGAGGCCCCCGCCGCGGCGAAGGCGGACGGCGCGCCCGUCGCCGAGUCGUUUCACAUCGGCGACGACGACGACGACGACGACGGCGAGGCCCCCGAGAUCGCGCCAGGCGCGGGGGGCGAAGACGGGUGCGAGGCCGUGGCCGGGGCGCCGACCGGCCGGGGCCUCGGAGCGCUGUGGGCGGGGGCUUCGCUGUUCGGGCGCAAGGCGACGCAGCUGGGCAGCAAGGCGCGGCAGAAGCUCGCGGAGGAGGCGCUGGCCAUGGCGGAGGAGGCGCGGGACUUCGCCCACGGUGUCCGCGAGGGUGCGCAGAUCACCGCGCAGGAGGCCCGGGCACUCGCCGACCGCAAGGCUCGAGAGCAACGCGAGCGUGGGGCGCCGGGCUGGCUGGGCGCGCGCGGGACGGCGAGCUGCCCGGAGUCAUCAGGCGAGGCGCCUGCCACGGCUGGGCUGCCCGCGUCCACGGCCGUCGGCUCCGCCGCCGAGGCUGCCGAGCCAGGCGCGGCGCGUUCGCCGGCGGUCCCCGCGGAGGCCGGCGAGGCGGCCGCGCCGGAGGAUUGUGCUGCCAGCCGCGCGGGGCCGUUGCAGGUGCUGCGCCAGGGCCUUGCCGCGACGCGGGAGGCCUCGGGCACCGCCUGGCUUGAGGCAAGGCAGGGGGGAGGCGCCGCUGCCAGCAGAGGCCGCGAGCCUCCGGCCUGGCUCCUGCCCUCGACGCGGUCCAACUACGUCCAGCUCUCUCCCGGCGGCGCGCGGGGGGACGGGCGGGACGGCGCCCGGGCCGCGGCGCGGCGGGUGCGGCGCCUCGGCGGCAAGCUCGCCAAGACGAGCAGAGAGGUCUCCGAGAUCCUGCGGCAGGCGGGCGCCGCGGCGGGCGCGGCGCUGGGCCCGCUGGGCGCGGCGGGCGCGGGCCCGCUGGGCGAGGCCGGGGCAGGCGGCGAGGCGGACCCCAUCUUCGAGAUCGGCUCGGACGACGACGGGGGCAUCUGGUCCGGCGAGUCGCCCACCGAGGACGACGACUUCUGGGUCUCGGGGCCCGCCGUGCCGAGCCCCGCGGGAGGCGCACCCGUCCUCGCGGAGUUCUGA